AUGGACACCUCGCCGGCGUCGGCCUCGUCCUCGAUGGCGUCCUCAUCCGCUGCAGUGCCGUCCGCGGGGGAGCCUGACUCGUCGUCGUCGGCCACGCCUGCACCUGCGGCAGCGACCACACCCGCAACCCCUGCCCAGCCGACGCCGCCGCCCUUUCAGAUGGCCUCGAGCUCGCACCCGCACAGCAAGCGCCACCAGAUCCACAUUGACGCAUCGACGCUACCGCCGGGCCUCUCCAAGUCCGCCGCCAAGAAGCUCGCCAAGAAGCAGUACUUUGAAGAGACCAAGCUCGACCGGCGCCGCGCAGAGAGGGACAAGCGAAAGCAAAAGAAGCGCGACCAGUACCAGCAGCGGCAGCAGCAGGCCGCCGAGCAGGGCACCGACGCAGCCACAGUGGGCAAGAGGAAGCGCGGCAAGGACGCCGCCAAGGCGAAACCCAAGCGCAAGCCCUUUGGCGCCAGGCUCGUCAUCGACCUCGGCUUCGACGACCUCAUGAGCGAAAAGGAAGUGGCCUCCCUCGGACAGCAGGUCAUGUACCUCUACUCGAGCAACCGCACCUCGCACCGGCCCUUUGACGAUGUCAUCCUCGCCGGCCGCGGCCACGUCCCAGGGUCCGCCUACGUCGCAGCGGCGUCGGCGUCGGCGCCAGAGGGACACAAGGGCCAGCAGGGCCAGACGGGAGGGGAUCCGACCAUCUUUGACUCGCCCACCGGCACGUGGAUGGAGGGCAAGAUGCGAGGCGUCUGGCGAGCGUGGAAGGGCAUCACGAUACGGGAGCGCGGUGGACUCGAGGGCAUGGUGGCCGAAGCUGUGCCAGCAGCGCCCUCGGAGACUCCAGCCGCGGACGGUGCCUCGACCUCGGAGGAUGUCGUGUACCUCACGGCCGACACCGACGAUACCCUGACCUGCCUCGAGGAGGGCAAGACGUACGUCAUUGGCGGCAUCGUCGACAAGAACCGGUACAAGGGCCUCUGCUCGAACAAGGCGGCGCGGCUGGGGGUUCGGCGGGCCAAGCUGCCGAUCACCGAGGAGAACCUCGAGGAGUUUGAACGACGGCUGCGGGCGCAGGGCGAGACGUCGCAACCCACUGCGGCGGCACACGACGGCGGCGCGGCCAAGAAGGGAGGCUACCAAGGGAGAAAGGUGCUGACGGUCAACCAGGUCGUCGACAUCCUGCUGGGCUGGACCGAGACCGAGGACUGGGUCGAGGCUAUCGGCAGAGGCAUCCCGAGGAGGAGGUUCGAGGGCGGCGACCCGAGCGCAGACGCCAAGUUGCGAGCAGAGCCGGUCGAUGGCGAGGCUGCACCGCGGGCGGACGCUGCUGACCAGCCGCCUGCCAGCGAGCAGUAG